UCACAGCUGUGCUAGCUGCUAGCUGCCGUGUAGCUAACAGCAGGAGCGGGUGAGAAGCUAACAAUGGCGGCUGUGCCCCCCCCGGACGAACUGCUGAAGAUGAGCCACAGAGAGAACUGGAGGGUCCAGCACGAGCGCCUGCACGUGAAGCACCGCGGCCACGAGGCCAUGCACGCCGAGAUGGUUCUGAUCCUCGUGGCCACGCUGGUGGUGGCUCAGAUCGUCCUGGUGCAGUGGAAGCAGCGGCACCACCGCUCCUACAACCUGGUGACCCUGGUCCAGAUGUGGGUGGUGCCUCUGUACUUCACCAUCAAACUGUACUGGUGGAGGUUCCUGUCCAUGUGGGGCAUGUUCUCCGUCAUCACCAGCUACGUCAUCUUCCGAGCCACUCGCAAGCCGCUGUCCUGCAGGACGCCGAGGAUGGUGUACAAGUGGUUCCUGUUGAUCUACAAGCUGAGUUACGCGGUGGGCGUGCUGGGAUACCUGGCCAUCAUGUUCACCAUGUUUGGCUUCAACGUCUUCUUCAGGGUCAAGGCAGAGGACUCUAUGGACGUGGGUGUAAUCAUGCUGUUUUAUGGUCUCUACUACGGCGUCAUGGGCAGAGACUUUGCUGAGAUCUGCUCUGACUACAUGGCUUCUACAAUCGGGUACUACAACAAGGGAGGCAUGCCCAGCAGGAGCCUGACCAGUGACAUCUGUGCGGUGUGCGGCCAGCGGAUCCUGGUGGAUGUGGAGGAGGAGGGGCUUAUCGAGGACACCUACCAGCUCUCCUGCGGACACAUAUUCCACGAAUUCUGCAUCCGCGGCUGGUGCAUCGUGGGUAAGAAGCAGACGUGCCCGUACUGCCACGAGAAGGUCGACAUGAAGAGGAUGAUGAACAACCCCUCCUUCCAGCUGGGACAAGACACAUGUCCUCUACGGGCAGCUGCUGGACUGGCUCCGAUACCUGGUUGCCUGGCAACCCAUCAUCAUCGGUAUAGUCCACGGGAUUACCUUCACACUAGGCCUUGAGUAGAGCCCUGAGGAACACCCCUGUGACGUCCGGAUUUAAGUGCCGCUAUCAAACUUUCAAAGUCGGCGUGACAAGGAACUGACUCAGAUUUUUCUUUUUUUCUGUAACACAUUCUUUGACUGAACGCUUGUAGAGGGCCCCCUGGUGGCCGGGGUUUGCGAGCGUAGGAGCAUAUGAUCCCAAAGCUGCUGCCGACCCGAUCAUGUAUUUAAGCAAAGAUCCAGUUUUCCAAAUUUUUCAACUAAGUCUCAUUUAGUUUGGAAUUUCUGGAAUACGUUGCUUCUUCUUAGUUUUUUUAGAUAACCUUUAUUUUGUGCCAUGAAUAAGUUUUUCUAAAAGUUUUUAUUUGCACCCCCCCCUGGUUCCUUGGGCGCUUUAACGAGCUCCGGCUCGGCUCUUUGGAAACACUGGACCGGCUCUCGUCAAGCUGCAGCUCUUUGCACUUUGAUUACAAACAGUUGUGGUUCACAUGAAACCUGUUUACAUGUCAUGUACGUUUUAUUUAUAAGUGAACGUUUAUUUGAAACCUCUGUUUCAUUAUUUGUUUUUGUGCCUGAAGUUGAUGAUAAGUGUUAAACUUAUUGUGGCAGUCGGUGUAGAAGAUAGUAAAACACACUUUGAAUAAUUAUUGAUCCUUGAAAGGUUUUAUUAUCCGUCUUUCUGCCACAUGAACUCAUUCUGCUGCUGGAAAUUUAUAUUUAUUAAAUAUUUGAAGAGAACCACAACAAAGUAUUUGAAUGUGUUCAGAGAUGUGAACAUUCUGCAGUUUAAUCAAACAAUACAAAUGUUCACUUUUUGAAUUUAUUACUACUUAUCUCAUAGUUUUGGAGUUUUGUGUCAGUUACAGUAGCUUCAAAUGUUCAAACCCACUUUGUUUCAGUACAUGAUUUUAAAUGGAUAAAAGUUUUUGUCCAUCAAUUGACUCUUAAUAAUUCUUAAUGACAAUUGAAAAACAUAUUUUUUCAAAAUGUUUGCAAAUGUAUUUAAAAGAAGGUAUUAAAAAUCUCUUGACAUUU